AUGACUUCGGGUUCGGGUAAUAACCCGGUUAGCGAUUUGGACCUAGCGAAUUUGAGUCGUUAUAUUUAUCCCCGUCUUCGGCAACAACGUCAACGUCGCGGCCAGAUUCGAAAGGUCAACGAUAAUGGAUUUCUUGGUGGUGAUGGCAACAAUGACGGUAAGGGAUUUGGUGGUGGGUUUGUUAGGGUUAUGGUUUUAGAGGCCAUAGUGACCAUAGAUCAAACACCCCAUAUAGCCAUCCUACCGAGUCCAGGAAUGGGUCACCUCAUCCCACUCGCCGAAUUUGCCGAGCGACUAGUUCUCCGCCACAACUUCUCCGUCACCAUCAUCGUCCCCACCACCGGACCACCACCCAAAGCCCAAAAGGACGUCCUCCAAUCCCUCCCCAUCGGCGUAAACCACACCUUUCUUCCUCCGGUCACCUUCCAGAGUCAGGACCUCAACGCCGAGACCCAAAUCUUCCUUACAAUAGCUCACUCUCUUCCCUCCCUCCGCGACACCUUAAAGUCGUUAAUUGCGACAACCCAUUUGGUCGCUCUCGUCGUCGACCCAUUUGGCGCCGACGCCUUGGAUGUCGCCGUUGAGCUUCACGUCGCGCCGUACUUGCUGUUCCCGACGACUGCGAUGACACUGUUGUUUUGCCUUCAUUUGCCCAUCCUUGAUCAAACAUUUUCAUGCGAAUACAGAGACUUGCCUGAACCGCUUCAACUUCCGGGUUGCGUCCCGGUUCAUGGAACAGAUUUCAUAGACCCGGUUCAAGACCGGUCCAACCCAUCAUAUUCGGGGAUUCUUCGUAACGUAAAGCGGUUGACUUUAUUUAAGGGUGUCUUAGUGAACACUUUCAUGGAUAUGGAAGAGGGGGCUAUAAAAGCUUUGCUAGUGGAAGAACCGGGUAAACCGCCGGUUUAUCCCAUAGGAACUCUUAUUCAGACCGGUUCAAGUGCCGGACCGGAUGGGCAUGAGUGUUUGCAAUGGCUGGAUAACCAGCCAAGUGGCUCCGUCCUAUUCGUCGCUUUCGGGAGUGGUGGGACCCUCUCUAGUGAGCAGCUCGAUGAAUUGGCAUUUGGGUUGGAGAUGAGCGGCCAAAGAUUCUUGUGGGUGGUAAGAAGCCCAAAUGAAAGAUCUGCCAAUGCUGCAUUCUUUAGUGUCCAAAGCCAAGAUGAACCUUUUGGUUUUUUACCAGAUGGGUUUUUGGACAGGACCAAUGGGCGAGGCCUGGUGGUGCAUUCUUGGGCACCACAGGUUGAGGUCCUGAGCCAUGGCUCGACCGGUGGGUUCGUAACCCACUGUGGUUGGAACUCGACCCUAGAGAGUGUGGUCCAUGGGGUGCCACUAAUUACUUGGCCACUUUAUGCGGAGCAAAAGAUGAAUGCUUUAAUGCUAAGUGAAGGACUAAAAGUGGCUCUGCGUCCGCAAGUUAAUGAACAUGGUCUUGUGCUUCGAGAGGAAUUUGCAAAAAUAGCAAAGAAUCUAAUGGAAGGAGAAGAAGGGAAUUUGAUUCGCAACAAAAUGAAAUAUUUGCAGAAUACUGCUAGAAAUGUCUUAAGUGAAGAUGGGUCAUCUGCAAAAUCACUAUCUGAGUUGGUGAACAAGUGGAGGAAACAUUAA